UUCCAGAGUUGUGCUGAAUGUCGGACAGCAACAAUCCUAGUGGAAGUUCAACUCCUGUCGGAACUUCAGAGUGCUUUAGAUCAGUCGGGAAACGGUGUGCCGACAGGCUACAACCCAUGGGAUCGGCUUGUAAUAGCAACAUGGCAGAUUAUCUGAUUACUGGUGGAACAGGGUAUGUACCAGAUGAUGGUCUUACUGGCGCACAACUCUUCUCACAUGGUGAUGGAUUCACGUACAAGGCGGAAAAAGGGUUUUUGGGUUGGGGCGCAGUAAGUACACAUGAAUCAGACAAACCUCGGGUCGAAGCUCUCGUCGGGGCUGGUGUAGAUUUCAUUGUCAUAAAACGUUUCCCAGAUCUUCAGGUGAUAGGUGGGAAUGUUGUGAAAACGGGAGGCAAAGAAUCUCAUUGUGCGGGUGUAGACGGUCUCCCCGUGGGAUGGGUAGUGGACCAUUUGCAUCCACAGGAAGUAAUGGCAGUUGGACGCCCACAGGCGACAGCUGUAUAUAAGGUAGCAGAAUAUGCAAGAAGAUUUGGCGUACCUGUGAUAGCGGACGGGGGAAUCUCAACAGUCGGUCAUCUCAUUAAGGCUCUGUCAUUAGGUGCUUCAACUGUGAUGAUGGGUUCAAUGUUAGCGGGCACAUCUGAGGCACCUGGUGAAUAUUUCUUUGCUGAUGGUGUUCGGUUAAAAAAGUACAGGGGAAUGGGAUCGUUAGAUGCCAUGGAAAAACACAGAGCUAGUCAGAGCAGAUAUUUUAGCGAGAGUGAUAAAUUAAAAGUGGCACAAGGAGUUUCAGGAUCCAUUCAAGAUAAAGGGUCCAUCCACAAAUUUGUACCAUACUUAAUCGCAGGUGUUCAACAUGGUUGUCAGGAUAUUGGUUCAAAAAGUCUGUCUCAUUUAAGAUCUAUGAUGUAUUCUGGAGAGCUGAAAUUUGAAAGAAGAACCACUUCAGCACAGAUUGAGGGAGGAGUUCACAAUUUACAUUCUUACCAAAGCAGCAAUGCAGCAUAGGAAUGGAUAUGAUAUGAGAAGCGUCUGUACUGAUGGAAUGGAAGGGAGAGAUAUAUAAAUCCGUGUGAAGCCGAGUGCAAUCUACAAUCAUGAUUAAACAUUUUACACUACAUUGAGAUUACUGCCAGAAACUGGUACUUCUACAUAUUAUACUCCAUGUUUAUACAUACUAUUUGCCCAUAAGGGGUGCAUUGUACAAUAGGGAUGAAUAUUUCUGGAAAAGUUUUUGAAUUUGAAACAAAUUAUAUCAGGAACAUUUUUAAGUCUUGACUUGUGGUAAGGAGAGGGAAAUAAAGCAAAUUCGAUUUUGGAAUGAAAGCAUUUCAUAAUUUAAAGAUAAUGGUAUUGAGAUGUACCAGUUCAUACAUUUACAUUGACAGUGAAAGAAUAAUUGCAUGGAAACAUUUUUUAUGAGCAUGGCAUAUAAACAUUUUGUACUGCCAAAUUGUACAUUCCUUUCAUACUGCAAUGACAUAUUCAUAUCUCUUAGCAACUUAUAGAUCUCACGUCUGUAUGUUUAUUUAUACUUCAUUUAUUACUUCUGUAAGUGGAGGUUCUUUCAUUGAAAAAACUUGGGAUGUUAACAAGAAAACACAGGGUAAAACUUGAUUAGCUUCUGUGAUUGAUGUCCUCUGUGGUUUUUGGACAAGUUGCAACUUAUAUGUGAAAAGAAUUUGAACUACUGUCUUACCCUGGCAUGAUCAGUAGAGGUGACUAUUAGGUCGGAAUACUUAGUUUUGCUGUAUUUCUGUUAUUACAGAAGGUAUAAAUGUUUUGAUUCCAUAUACCUUUUAUUUUAAUUUUGAUGUAAAAGAGAUGUGAAGCCAAGAUUUUUAGUUCGACUACUCUUAAGAAUAGUCUGAGCUAUUCUACCCGCCCUGGCUGUCAUUAUAGCUUUCUUCUUCUAGGUCAAUUACCAACCUCACAGGGUAAAGUCCCAUAACUCUGACAUGUAUUCGGCCAAAUUAUGCCCCAUUUUGGACUUGGGGAAAUCUUGGUUAAAGUUUUGCAUGCAAGUUACUAUCUCCAAAAUUAAUGCAGAUAUUGAAUUGAAACUUCACAUGUGUCUUCAGGGUUAUAAAACUAGGUGAUAGCAUCAUGUCCCAUAACUCUGAUACAUUUUGGCCAAAUUAUGCCCCCCUUUGGAAUUAGAAAAUCCUGGUUGAAGUUUAGCAUACAAGUAAAUAUAGCUAUUAUUUAAAGGCAUAUAGCUUUGAAACUUUUUUUUUUCUUCUUCUAGGUCAAUUACCAACCUCACUUGGUCAAGUCCCACAACUCUAACAUGUAUUUUGGCCAAAUUGUGUCCCCUUUUGUGUCCCCUUUUGGACUUAGAAAAUAUGUUUCCUUUUUGAACUCAAAAUCUUCUGGUUAAAGUUUUUCCUGCUUCUGGGACAACACAAACAGCCUAUGUUAGUCUGGGUGGCGACAUAUAACCAGUACUGUGAUUGUGCACCGUCAAGCCCAAAUCGGAUCUAAUCCUGUGCUUAGCAGCAAUACAUAGUAUGAUAAGAGGUAUAACAUAUUUUUACUGUGUGGUUUAGAUUGUGAGCUGCAUUGGGUUUUUAGCUCACCUGUCACAAAGUGACAAGGUGAGCUUUUGUGAUCGCGCGGUGUCCGUCGUCCGUCCGUGCGUCUGUAAACUUUUGCUUGUGACCACUCUAGAGGUCACAUUUUUCAUGGGAUCUUUAUGAAAGUUGGUCAGAAUGUUCAUCUUGAUGAUAUCUAGGUCAAGUUCGAAACUGGGUCAUGUGCCUUCAAAAACUAGGUCAGUAGGUCUAAAAAUAGAAAAACCUUGUGACCUCUCUAGAGGCCAUAUAUAUCACAAGAUCUUCAUGAAAUUUGGUCAGAAUGUUCACCUUGAUGAAAUCUAGGUCAAGUUCGAAACUGGGUCACGUGGGGUCAAAAACUAGGUCAGUAGGUCUAAAAAUAGAAAAACCUUGUGACCUCUCUAGAGGCCAAAUUUUUCAUGAGAUCUUCAUGAAUAUUGGUCAGAAUGUUCACCUUGAUGAUAUCUAGGUCAAGUUCGAAACUUGGUCACGUGGGGUCAAAAACUAGGUCAUUAGGUCUAAAAAUAGUAAAACCUUGUGAGCUCUCUAGAGGCCAUAUUUCUCAAUGGAUCUUCAUGAAAAUUGUUCAGAAAGUUCACCUCGAUGAUAUCUAGGUCAAGUUCGAAACUGGGUCACGUGGGGUUAAAAACUAGGUCAGUAGGUCUAAAAAUAGAAAAACCUUGUGACCUCUCUAGAGGCCAUAUUUUUCAUGAGAUCUUCAUGAAUACUGGUCAGAAUGUUCACCUUGAUGAUAUCUAGGUCAAGUUCGAAACUGGGUCACGUGGGGUCAAAAACUAGGUCAGUAGGUCUAAAAAUAGAAAAACCUUGUGACCUCUCUAGAGGCCAUAUUUUUCAUGAGAUCUUCAUAAAUAUUGGUCAGAAUGUUCACCUUGAUGAUAUCUAGGUCAAGUUUGAAACUGGGUCAUGUGGGGUCAAAAACUAGGUCAGUAGGUCUAAAAAUAGAAAAACCUUGUGACCUCUCUAGAGGCCAUAUUUCUCAAUGGAUCUUCAUGAAAAUUGGUCAGAAUGUUCACCUUGAUGAUAUCUAGGUCAAGUUCGAAACUGGGUCACGUGCAGUCAAAAACUAGGUCAAUAGGUCUAAAAAUAGAAAAACCUUGUGACCUCUCUAGAGAUCAUAUUUUUCAAUGGAUCUUCAUGAAAAUUGGUCAGAAUGUUUACCUUGAUGAUAUCUAGGUCAAGUUCGAAACUGGGUCACGUGGGGUUAAAAACUAGGUCAGUAGAUCUAAAAAUAGAAAAUCCUUGUGACCUCUCUAGAGGCCAUAUUUUUCAUGAGAUGUUCAUGAAUGUUGGUCAGAAUGUCACCUUGAUGAUAUCUAGGUCAGGUUCGAAACUGGGUCACGUGGGGUCAAAAACUAGGUCAGUAGAUCUAAAAAUAGAAAAACCUUGUGACCUCUCUAGAGGCCAUAUUUUUCAUGAGAUCUUCAUGAAUUUUGGUCAGAAUGUUCACCUUGAUGAUAUCUAGGUCAAGUUCGAAACUGGGUCACGUGGGGUCAAAAACUAGGUCAGUAGGUCAAAAAAUAGAAAAACCUUGUGACCUCUCUAGAGGCCAUAUUUCUCAAUGGAUCUUCAUGAAAAUUGUUGAGAAUGUUCAGUUUGAUGAUAUCUAGGUCAGGUUCGUAACUGGGUCAUGUGCGGUCAAAAACUAGGUCAGUAGAUCGAAAAAUAGAAAAACCUUGUGACCUCUCUAGAGGCCAUAUUUUUUACAAGAUCUUCAUGAAAAUUUGUGAGAAUGUGCAUCUUGAUGAUAUCUAGGUCAAGUUUAAAAGUGGGUCACGUGCCAUCAAAAACUAGGUCAUUAGGUCAAAUAAUAGAAAAACCUUGUGACCUCUCUAGAGGCCAUAUUUUUCAAUGGAUUUUCAUGAAAAUUGGUCAGAAUUUUUUAUCUUGAUGAUAUCUAGGUCACGUGCUCAAAAACUAGGUCACUAUGUCAAAUAAUAAAAAUAACGACGUCAUACUCAGUUCAACACUGAGUCAUGUGGGGAUAGGUGAGCGAUUCAGGACCAUCAUGGUCCUCUUGUUUUAUUAGUUGCAAAGUUGUGGUUUGUUGAAAAUAUAUGAAUAGAGAAGUUUAUUUGGCUUCAAAAAAGUAAUUGAAAUUUUUUAUAUUUCUGGAGUAAUUAUUGUUAAGUUGAUGGAAACAUUCAAUGAGUGGAUGAACCAGAAAGUUGAUCUUUGUGACUUCCUUUACCCUUAAGUUAAAAUGGUUUGUGUAGCCUUAUAACAUUUAUUUGUAUGAAUGUACUAUAUACAUGCUUGCUAAUUUUGACUUCUUGUCCAUAUGUACACUGGAUCCAUGAGAAUUUUAUACAUACAAGAUGUAUUUGUAAAGGCUAGUGCUUGACAUUUAUCUAUUCAUUGUUAUCAACAAAAUUUGAAUUAUAUUUACAGUAGAAUGUGAACAAAAAGAAUGAAAUAUGAUCUUAUAUUGUAGAUAUUAGUUAAGAAGUGAUUUUGAAAUAGUUCCAUGUUUUCCAAGAUAUAAUACAUUUGAGAUUGUUUAUUGUGAGGAAUUUCAGACACUUUUACAUUGGGAAAUGAUUAAUUUCAAUUGUACAAUAUUUCUGUAAACAUAUGUCUUGUAUUAAAGCACAUUUUAUCACCAUUUUAUACAAGAAAACUUCUAUAUAAAUUUGGCAUAAUGAUAUAACCAUUCUGUAACAGCUGUACUUUCAAGUUUGCUUAUUCACUUAACAUUUACUUCUGUUUUAACCCUAAUUAUAUUGCUUUUUGAAGGCCAUUCAGCCUUCCCUAUUGUGUAAUAUUGAAUAUGGUGCUACUCUUAUACAUAAUGAUUGUCAAAAUAACAUGUUUAUUUCAACACUGGUGAAAUAAAAUUUUACUUUGAUUUAUUUCAGUACUGUGAAUUGGGAAAUGUUCGUUAGAGUUGAAUUUUCACUAAUUUUAUUGCGAUCUUUUACAUUGUGGGAAUCAAAACAUUGUCAUACAAAGAUUAAAUUUUUACAACAUUUUUGCUUAUCUGGCAUAUACAUGUAACCCUGAAUUCUUUGUUUUGUAUUAACAUUUGAAACAGUAAAAUUGUGAAAUAAAGGUCGCACAAAAGUUUCCCAAUCCCAGUAUAAAGUGCUGUAUUUUCAAACUUGAUUUAUCAGGCAUAUAAUGCCACCAGUUUGUCAUUAAUACAUGUUUAAAUUCUGUCUCAAAGUUACUAUUUCAUGUUGAAAGUUGAGAAAAUCUGUACCAAUUGAAACAAAAUGAUGUACUAGCAUUGAGUUGUAUUUUGUACAUAGGUUGGUGAUGUAAAUUUUAAUUUAUGAGAGAGAUAACAAGAACUACAGUACCAUUUAUAUAUGAGCUGCGCCAUGAGAAAACCAACAUAGUGGCUUUGCGACCAGCAUGGAUCCAGACUAGCCUACGCAUCUGUGCAGUUGGUCAGGAUCCAUGCUGUUCGCUAACAGUUCCUCUAAUUACAAUAGGCUUCUUAAGCGAACAGCAUGGAUCCUGACCAGACUGCGUGGAUGCGCAGGCUGGUCUGGAUCCAUCUGGUCGCAAAGCCACUAUGUUGGUUUUCUCAUGGUGUGGCUCAUAUUGCUAUUUUUGUUGUGAAGGAGGACCUCCAUGGCAAAGUUGUUAAGGCAACUGGUUUAGAGUCAUUUACCCCUCACAAGUGUUUCUUGUGGACAAGCCUUGUGGCACUCACUGAACGGCUGUGGUUCUACCUUGGGGUCUUCUUCAAUUACUAAAAGAUGGAAAAAGAUGUAAAAGUAGCCAUGUGAUGUAAAAUUAUGUGGGAUAUGUCUUAAAAACACAACAAAAGGAUUAUGAUAGACUACAGUACCUUACAGAUUGGCACUUUGUUACCAGAGACAUUUGAAGAUGGGUGACAUAAGUCUAUAAAAUUUGCAUUUUUCUAUAUAUUAUAGGCAGAAAUUGGCAAUGCUUUGAAACAGGCAUAUUUACAAAGGUCAGAAACAGUUUUAAUGAAUCAAUAGACAGCUGAAAACAGUGUAUGUAUGAUGUGAUGUGAAGUUAAAGGUGUCUUGGACCAUUCCAUGAGUACAGACCAAUUAAAGGCAUAAUACUUGUUGUUUACUAGAUUAGCAUUGUAUACAUGUGAUCUCUGUAAAUAAAUGAAAUAUUCGACUGAAUGUCUUUAAAAGAUGAGCAAAUGAUGUAAUAAGUAAUUUACUGUAAAAAAAACGAUCUUUUGUUUUAAAAAUGAUUAUGUUUUUUUGAGAGUACAUGACUGUAUUUAGCAUGUAAAGGGAUGUAAGUUAAUUGCUAGAUUUUUCGAACUAGAUCCUUGAAAAGAAAAAAGUCAAGCAUAUUUAGCAUAUUCACUUGUUUUCGAGAUUCUGUCAUCUGUUAUUUUCGCUGCAAAAACAACAACAAAACCAUGCCUAUUGAAAGAAAUACAUAAAAAGCCUUUAGAAUGCCCUUGAAGAUAAAAGAUAAAUGUAUUGACUGACGGAAUACCCCAAUCUACAUUUAAACAAGGAAGUUAGAAAGUGAACAUGUGGUAGAAUGUUCUCUAGCAGUUAAUUUAUAGUUGCCUUUCUUGUUAUUUUAUCUCGAGUGACAAUUCUGAAAGGAUCAAGAAAAUGUGUUGGAAUAGAUCAUUGUUAUAGAAAAAAGAUUGUUAACAAAGUCAAGAAAUAUAAGACUGUUGAUAAGAAUAAUCAUAUAUAUAAUGUGGAUAUCAAUGUUGGUAGAUAUAAUAAAAUUUAUUUGUUAAAGUCAA